AGUGCGGGAAGGGUCUAUUUCCAGUGAAAAAUAGCAGAGAAGCAAAUUCCAGUAAGGAAGCGAACCUCCAGUAAUUUUUUUGAAAACGCCCUUUAGUAGUCAUGUUGAUAAGACAUCUUCCCAGAGAUCAACGCCCAUCCAUGGGAUCCAUGGGUGAUGAAGCACACAGAUAAUGUUAACGAAACUGAUCACCAGACUGAGUUAAUAUAAAUUUCACUUGAGGCUUUGACUGGGAGGAUUAGAGGGGGGAAAGGGGGCGAAUAGGGUAAAACCAAAGUUAAAGUGCGAUGGGUACAUAGUCCGGCAGACUUCUUUAUCUGUUUUUGUUAUUUUUAUUUAUUUAUUUGACUUGCCCGUGCAAGUAGCAAUCCUAUCAAUUUGAAACGACUUACAGAAACGUCCCAAUAAUUCAUUCACUCACAAUUUGUGACCCAACAAACCAGGGGAUUGUACAUGGUCAGGGAGCCCUCAGCAUAACGGCUUCAGCAAUUCCAGUCUCAUAUUUGAUUUCUGCCUAUUUUCAUUUUUAGUCUCCUGUACUUGCUAUGGUGAACUACUAAAACAAUGCCAGUGACAUAAUUAUUUGGCUUGCUCGAUUUUAGCUUGUUAACUACAUUUGGAAUAUUUAUGUCUUCUCCAUUCUCUUGCAGUAUCAUUUUGGACCGCGCCCUCCGACAUCAAGAGCGUUUGGAUGCGCGUCGCUCUCUGGAAGAUUCCUGGGCUGCAAGCGUGAAUCGUAAGAGAGAUCUGGAGCUAGAGGAGUACCAACGUGCCCAGAGUCCCGGCAUGUUAAUUCACGAACAAUGUGAUAAAUAUCGCCGCUGUAAGCAGUGCGGCCGGCGGCCACAUAAUUGCGGGGAAUCGAAUGUAUGGAGCGAAUCACGGUACAUCCCUGGAUCUAGACUCAUCGUUUAAAGGGCCCCCACCCCCCGCUGUCUAUCAAUGUCUUAAAACAAUUUCCAUGUCUAUAAACACUACCAGGGCGCGUCGCCUUAACACUUCAGGAAAUGCGUGAAAUAUUAUUUAUUAUGUAACUUUAUUUGUAUUAUUGUGUAAAUGCGGUUGAUAAUUGUCUACUGAACUCGCAUCAACUGAAGAUAAGAGGCUAUGAAGUUCUUGGUCAAUUUUCUAAGUCGUCAGAACUUGUUUUCUGAUUUCUAGAAUUUCUUUGUUUAUUGUUUCGUUUUCUACUUCCUUGCACGUGCCUUUUUCAUAAAAGAAAAAAAAAAUAUUGAAAAUGUAAUUAAAACCGGUAAAAGUAAUGUAUUUGGUGAGCAUUUCAGAUAAGAAAUAAACAAUUUAGAGUGAACUUAACAUCUGAGUUAACACUGAUUACACAGCAAAAUAUCAAGUGCACCUUCUACAAUGGGUAUGUCUACAAUAUUGUAGUUUUGAUAAACGCUUAGUCUCAAAUGGAUUAUCUUUUAGAAUUCUUUUCUAAAGAUCUUAGCACCGUGUGAUAUUAAGUUUUUUCAGCAUGGGGUAAAAUUGUAAAUACAAAAAUAAAGCAGUUGACUUACUUGU